UUAGCAGGGGGAUCCUAAUAUUGAUCCUGAUCAAAGAGGUUAACAGUUACGCCACCAUUGCUUCUCUACCAGCCAUAAAUUAUUAACCAAACUAAAAACAUAUUGGUUUAUUUGGUAACCAUUACACUUUAUUCCCGGUUAUUACUUUUUAGGGCAGAUGAUUUGCAUAAUUGUGAAGCUGUUCUGUUACUGGCUUUCAAGGGUCAUAAAAAAUGAGAGAUUAUCCAUAAUCCCCAGACAGACAGAGAGACAGGCGAGGGUUGGUGAGUGCUGCUGAGCGAAAAGAUAUACAGAAAAAAGUAAGAAGCAGUAAUCAUGUCAUCCUAUGAGGAUACGGUUAAGAAAAUGCUCCCUAAGACUUAUCUUCGUAAACAUGUGGCUCAUGAAAUACAUGUUGCAACGACUUACUUCAAAAACCUUGUGCCCAGGAUGGAUGAAUAUGUUUACAAUGAUGGAACCACAAAGGACUUGAUGAGUCUGACUGGAACCAUUCCUGUCCUGUUUCGUGACAAAACCUACAACGUACCCAUAUGCCUCUGGAUUGAGGAAAACUACCCCCAGUCUGCUCCCAUCUGCUAUGUCAGACCCACACAUGAGAUGAUGAUCGUCCGAGGAAAGUAUAUCUCUAGCAAUGGUGAAGUCAAGCUGCCUUACCUGGAGGAGUGGAAGAAUGGCGACUGUGACGUAGUGAGCCUGCUGCAGGUGAUGGCUGCCUUGUUCGGAGACUUUCCUCCCGUAUGUAUGCAGCCUCAGUCAGAGCCCAAACAAGCCUCGUGUUGGCUACAGUUCCACAGGCAAGCAGAGGUACUUUCAAAGACAGAUGGACGUUCAUAUCUGUCUUUAGCCAGAGAAGAUGGUCAACCUUUCCAGCAAGCAAAUGAAACCAACUGUUAAUGUUUUGUGUAAUGUGACAAUGAUUUCUAUAAAAACCGUUUUGGCGUUGCCUGUGAAGUGUUUUAUCCUUUUAUACAGUAUUAGAUGGUAUCCACUGAUUGUUUUAUGGUUCAUGAAUUCAUAAUUUCAGACAUGCAUGUAUGUCUAUUUUUCAAAUGAUUUAGAUUGUAAAUUUCAAAGAGCCCCCGAUGAAAACAUAUCUACAGUGUUUGGUGGGAAAUGAAUUGUACAUUUUUUUUAAAAAAUGUUUUUUUUGUAUGAACAUAAACUACUUUGGGACUUGAAUGGCAUGUUUCCAGACGUGAAUUACUUUAUCAGCGGCUCAUAAAGCUGUAACUGCAUUUGUUGUGACAUUAGCCACAAAUGUUUUGGACUUUUGACCAGAGAGGAGAAAAGACUGUACUUUGGAGAACACAUAUACAGCCAGGCACAGCCCAAUAGAGUGUGGUAUAUUACAGAAGACUUGUCACAUUUCAAGAACAUUUUGAAGAAAACAGAAGAGCAGAAAUUCUCUUUAGUUAUGCUAUAAACACUUGUGUAAGCCAG